CGAGCGAGGCGGGCGUUCUGAUUAGCGCGCAGGGACAAAGUAAAAGAAUCUCGGGCGGCUGAGAGUUCUAAAGAAAGUUACAUUCCAGGGUCGGAGCAGCGGCAACGAGCAGCCUGUCCGGGGGGCGCUUUCUCACGGAGGCGGUGGAUCUUCCAGCCCUUGUGGAGCGAGGGCGACGGAGAGGCGGAAGACGGGGGGGUUUAAACGGGGGGCCGAGAAAAUGAAUCGGAGUUUUAAUAAAUCUCAGAGUCUGCGGUAUUUUGGUUACAGCGCGGUGGAAGUCAAAAGUAAGUUUGGUGCAGAAUUUCGAAGAUUUUCUCUGGAUCGUUACAAGCCAGGAAAAUUUGAAGACUUCUACAAACUUAUCCUUCACAUCCACCACAUAUCCAACAUGGAAGUUAUGAUUGGAUAUGCCGAUAUACAUGGGGAUCUUCUUCCUAUUAAUAAUGAUGACAACUUUUUCAAGGCUGUUUCAAGUGCAAACCCAUUGCUCAGGAUUUUUAUACAAAAACAAGAUGAAGCAGAUUUUGGUAAUUUUGGCUCAAACACCUUGACCAGAAAAAAGAAAGCUCUGGUCACCCUCCGGAAUGACAACCUUCGCAGACGCCCCCACGUUAAUAUCAGCAUGCCUCACGACUUUCGGCCAGUGUCUUCCAUCAUUGAUGUGGACAUUUUACCUGAAACUCACAGGAGGGUAAGAUUAUAUCGACAUGGAUGUGAAAAACCACUAGGAUUUUACAUUCGUGAUGGGACGAGUGUCAGAGUAACUCCUCAUGGGCUGGAAAAAGUACCAGGAAUUUUCAUCUCGCGGAUGGUUCCUGGUGGCUUAGCAGAGAGUACAGGCUUGCUAGCUGUCAAUGAUGAAGUCCUGGAAGUGAACGGCAUAGAAGUGGCAGGAAAAACUCUUGACCAGGUAACGGACAUGAUGAUUGCCAACAGCCAUAACCUUAUCAUCACUGUCAAACCAGCAAACCAAAGGAACAAUAUUAUCAGAAGCAGUCGGAUGUCCGGAAGCUCUGGCCAGUCUACAGACAGCACUGCAAGCCACCACAGUUUACCUUCUUCUCACGUCCUGCAGAACUUCCACCCUGACGAUAUGGAGAGCGACGAGGAGGCUGACAUUGUAAUCGAGGGCUGUCUGGAACCACAGCACAUUCCAAAAUCACACAGUCUUCCUUCUGGCAGCCUUUCCCGAAUUAACGGCAGCAGUCUUAGCCACAGACUACAGAGGGACCUGGCAUUCAGUAGCAGCUUGGGGCGUGAAAGCAAUGGCAAUAUUCACAAAAUUCUAAGUUCCCUAAAAACUGAUCCUCGUCACAGCUUGGUUAUCCCCAAAGGUGGCAUUGAGGAGGAUGGAACGGUGAUUACACUCUAGUGGGUGUUUAUGUGUACAUGUAUGUGUUUCUAGUCUGAUGUGCCAACUGGAUCAAACCUAACAACACACUGAAGUAUGGGAAGGGAAACUUCAUUCUCAUAGACCUUUGUGUGAGACAUGUUACAGAGCAGAAAAGGAUGGUUUCACAAUUACACAUAAAAGUGUGAUGGAUUGCAAUUCAUGAUAAAAUGUAAAUAUGAUUUUUAAUUCCAGGUCUAAAAUGGGGAAGUGAGAGGAGUGCUAAACUGUUUUUUUUAAAUCUUACAAAACCCCUUUGACUAGAUUACAAAAAUGCUAUCUAUUGAACUAUGAAUUUACUACAUGUGAAGAAGUACCCUGCGUACAUAUCUGUACAUGGUUUAUGAUGAUAACAAUAACUUGGAAUGGGCAUUCAUAAAUUAAUCUUUGAGGAAAAAUUACUCUUGAAAGUGCUAAAAUUUCAAGGGUUAAUUGACUGCCAUUAGAUACUGUUCUUUAGCUUGUUUACACAGAAAAUCGACUGUAUUGCAUCUAAUUCAGAAAAGGGCUGCCUAAAGAAUCAGCUUUUUACUCUGGUAGUAGCGUUGAGGGGAUGCUGCAUUUACAUUUUUUAAAAAACAAAACUUAGACCAAAUAAUGAUUUUUUUAUUAUAUUUUUUUCCAAGUCUGAAGGCGGAAUAGAAGAUGGAUAUUGUUGCCAUAAUUUCCUUUCAGAUCAGCACCACCUGCUGGUCAGUAGCAGAACUGUAUGAAUUCUAAACCAGUUUUCUGUAGGGUACACAUGAAAAGGAAAACUAAAGAACUGUAUGGAAGAUUAUUUAGUUACUGCACCACCAUUACGUGGGAUGUACAUUCUCCUUUUAUUGCUGAAAUAUUUAUUAAACAAAUAUUCCAAUUUUAGUUAUUUACUCAUUCAAUCAUGUUACCAAAAUAAGAAAACUAAACAAGGCAGUUGCUUAGGCAAUAUGAAAAAUUUGUCCAAAUUGAUCUUACUGUUCCGAAUUAACUUCAAUCCAAGUCUUCAGUAAUGAAAGCUGGCCACACUUUGGAGCAUAUUGACUGGUUUUUCUAAUCUAGUUUAUUGGACUUCUCUUUCCCUCCCAGGAGUUUCUACAAUUCAGCAACAUAUAGUUUAAAGCAAAGUUUAGUUUAGCCUGUCAUGAUCAUAAUUAAUAGUAGAGUGAGACAAUAACAGUCUAUUACAAAAUCAAGUUUUGUUUCACUCUGUUUUUCUCUUCCACAAAAAGCCACAAGUUGUUAAUAAAAAAGAAACCGUUGAAUAUAUUCAUUAAAUGUCUAGAAACAAAAUAUAAUUGUUUUACAGUGUAUUUUUCUAUUUUUAGCUGUCAUUUUUCUUUGUUUUUAUUGUGUAGUAUUGUGUAUAAUUAAAGAAUUUCUA